CCGCCCCAGCCGCGCCCGAGCCCGGGAAAGGCAGAGGCGCGCCCCUGCUCUGGGAAGGGCGAGUCCCCGUUGCGAAGAGCGUUGUGUCUCCGGGAACAAGUAAUCCCGCCACCCCGGGCAUGCGGCGGCGCUGAGAGCCUGCCGGCCAGCGGAUCCGACGACUCUAGCGAGUCCCUUCCCCGGUUGUUCGAGAAGGCGGACCGAUCGCUGGGCAGGAUGACCAACCCCGCGGCCACGCAGAACAAGGAAAUAGACUGCCUGAGCCCAGAAGCUCAGAGACUGGCGGAGGCAAGGCUGGCGGCGAAGCGUGCGGCCCGUGCCGAGGCUCGGGAGAUCCGAAUGAAGGAGCUGGAGCGGCAGCAGAAAGAGAUCUAUCAGGUUCAAAAGAAAUAUUAUGGGCUGGAUACAAAAUGGGGCGACAUCGAGCAAUGGAUGGAAGACACUGAGCGCUAUUCACGUAGAUCCAGGAGAAACACAUCGGCUUCUGAUGAAGAUGAGCGCAUGUCAGUGGGUAGUCGUGGAAGUCUGAGGUCGCAGCCUGACUUGGAGUAUGGGGGUCCUUAUGCCUGGACAAAUGGUUAUGACGGAGAUGUGUAUGGAUCACAGACCCUGAAUAGAAGAUCUGGCAGGAAUUCCAGCUACAGCGGCGAGGGCAGAUUCUCCACUCUGUCUUCCCCCAGAGAGGACACGCUGGGAUUCUCCUGCUCCGACCUCGGGCUUCCCAGUGCUGGCCUGGCUCCCAAACCCCUGCCUACCCAGAGUGGAAACCGGCCCUCCUAUCCGUACAGUGCCGCCCGGUCUGCUGGGAGUUACCGGGCGUCCGUGUUCAAUGAGAGCAGUCUCCUCGGCGGGACUCGGCGGGGCAGUGCCUGUGGUUCUUAUGCUCCCUCGGAGCACGGCGGCCACCUCAACUCCAGCUCCCGAGCCUCGUCCAGAGCCAGCUCAGCACGGGCCAGCCCAGUGGUUGAAGAGAGACCAGAAAAAGAGUUCACCGAGAAGGGCUCGCGUGGCCUGCCCAGCCUGUCUGCAGCCACCCUGGCCUCCCUCGGCGGGACCUCCUCUCGGAGGGGAAGUGGGGACACCUCCAUCUCUGUGGACACCGAGGCCUCCAUUAGGGAAAUCAAGGAACUGAAUGAGUUAAAGGACCAGAUUCAGGACGUAGAAGGCAAAUACAUGCAGGGCUUGAAAGAGAUGAAGGACUCACUAGCAGAAGUGGAAGAGAAGUAUAAGAAGGCUAUGGUUUCCAAUGCUCAGCUGGACAACGAAAAGACGAACUUCCUAUACCAGGUUGAUACCCUAAAGGACAUGUUGCUAGAGCUCGAAGAGCAGCUGGCUGAGUCUAGACGGCAGUAUGAUGAGAAAAACAAAGAGUUUGAGAGGGAGAAGCAUGCCCACAGCAUCCUGCAGUUCCAGUUCGCUGAAGUGAAGGAGGCCUUGAAGCAGCGGGAAGAAUUGCUGGAGGAAAUCCGACAGCUACAGCAGAAGCAGGCGAGUUAUAUCAGGGAGAUUUCUGAUCUUCAGGAAACAAUAGAGUGGAAAGACAAGAAGAUAGGGGCUUUAGAGAGGCAGAAAGAGUUCUUUGAUUCCAUAAGGAGUGACCGAGAUGAUCUUAGAGAAGAAGUAGUCAUGCUGAAAGAGGAGUUAAAGAAACAUGGAAUAGUCCUAAAUUCAGAGCCAGUCACCAACGGAGAGACUUCAGACACUCUAAAUAACGUCGGACACCAAGUUCCUUCUAAGCUAACGAAAGAAGAGUUAAACGCCCUCAAGACAGCGGGGGACGGGACGCUAGGAAGAGCCAGUGAAGUGGAGGUGCAAAGUGAAAUUGUGGAGAAUGUGGGGAAAAAAGAAAUCUUGCAGAAUACUGAGCGAGAGCGGCACAAGGAGGACCCAGCCCAGGAGUGUGUGGGCACAGAGGUGUUCCACCCUGGUGAAAAUGCCGAGGACCACAAGGCCUCUGAAGAUGGUGCCCCCUCCCCGGGAGCAUUAGCAGAUGCUACGAAUGAGGAGAAGGCUCAGAACCAGAUUCUAGAGAAUGAUUCCCUCCUCGAAAAUACAAAGCAGGUUGAGUCCGAUGAGGUCAGAAACACACCAGGCGAUAGGACUGGGGCUUCCCUUGAGCAGUCCGAAUGUUUGCAUGUGCUAGGUGGCGAAACCCCAGAUCCUGGGACUGGGCAGGACAGUUACCAUGCCUUGGAUAUCAAAAACCACAGCAAGGAAUCUGCAGAAAACCAGGAAGACUUGAAUGCCAACUUGGGAGAGGGUAGCACAAAGCUGUGUGCAGAAUCCAAUUGCCUGCAACCAUCUGAAGCCGGAGGGCUGGGCAGCACACACAUGGGGCAGCAAGAUGGGAGCCCCAUGGAAGGUGUGGUGGAAGCAGGGCUAAUGGGGCCUGGGGAGCAGGUGAGCACAGAAGCCUCUGGCCCUCCAACAUCCAGCCAUGACAAUGUGAAUUUUGAUAAACAGCGUGCCACAAAAGCCUCCACAGAGCUGGACCCAAGCACCGGGCGGGACCUAGACAAAGAGUUCUCUGAGCAGGAAGCCACUGAGCCCCAGGAGCUCCCAGGUCAGAGCACAGCGGUAGAUGGGGGGCAUGACAAAAAGGAGGAUGGGGAAAGAGGGUUGAGGGACGAGGAACCAACACAGACAGAAUUGCAGAACGUUGCUUAUUGUCCAGAGGCUAGAAGCAGUCCUCAGGGAGCAACAGGUCUGGCUGUGGCAGAUGCGGAAAGUGAGCCCCUAGAUAGGAAAGACACUGAGGAAGAAAGGAAUGACCAACAGGGAGAGGCACUGGAUUCAUCACAAAAGAAGACAAAGAAUAAGAAGAAGAAAAACAAGAAGAAAAAAACAACAGCACCUGUAGAAACCCUUAAUGAGGUCGAGAAACAGUUAACAUUUCAGGACUCAGAUUUAAGUGAGGUGAAGGAAGAUGAGCCCAUAGCUCUUACUGACAGAAAACCAGCUAUGGAAACACCAGACGAGGUGACUGAAAGUCCAGAAGAGGAAAGCGUAGCAGGAAGCAGUGAAAACCCUGAUUGUCCAGGAAAUCCUAAAAUUAAGUUGAAUGAAACACUUAACCAAGAAGACAAUGGGGUAAACGCUAAGGGGGGGAAAGAGACAGCUGAUGGUGACACAUCAGCUUUGGGGGAUGACACAACCCCUUCAUUGGGCACAAGUGCCAGAGAUAAGGAGCUAGAGGAAGCCAUGAUCAAAGACGGUGCUAAGAAUGAUGGUGCCAUGCACAGGGGUCCUCCAGAACCAAGGAGCGGAGGAGCAUCCAGCAGCACCCUGCUGGAGGGUGAGGGUCCCUUCAAGGACAGUGAAGAUGCCCCUCAAACGGGAAGUACAGAGCAGCAUGAGAUGGCAGAGGGGCCCAGUCAGAGAGUCAAGAAGGUCGCAGAAAACGAUGACUUGGCACCCAACAUGGAGCUGGGUGUCUGCACUUCAGAAGGCAGGGAUGAGCCAAGAGGCGAAAGCGAGAAGGGCAGAAGCAAGGAAGACUGUACCAUGUCGUAAGUGGGCAGAGGCCAAGGAUUGCACAGGAAGCCCAGUGGUCAGGGGCUCGUCUGCUGCCCCCCUGGGUGAGGUUCCUAAAACAUUCCACAUGGAGAUAGAUGCACCAUAGGACAGUCGACCACCAAGCUAUCCACCACAUUGAGUUACAGACUGUUACUUGUAGUUGUAUUCUUCCUCAUUAAGGUUAUCACCCCGAGUAGAAAGAAAGAUACAUCUGUAAUCAGUAGGAGUCCUGAGAACAUUCCUGCCGUGUCAGACCAUGCGACACACUGCGCGUUUCUGCAUACAAUCCAAAUGAAGCUAUUUAACAUUUGCCUUGGGCUGAUACUCUUGACCAAAUCCAUCAGCAUCCAACUGAAAUGACCAAAUGGCAUUCUGAGUUUUGUGAGUACAGCUGAUUUUUAAUAUGUUUUCAUUUGAAUCUAUGUCCUUUUGUAUUUGAUUUUGAUGUGUACGUUAUAACCUAUACGGUAUUUUGUUUCAAAAGGAGAUUAAUGGCCAAAUAGUGUAUAGGUCACUGAGUGAUAAGAUUUGCACCUUAGGACAGUAAUUAAUCAUGUUAGGGAUAAGAAAUAAAUAUAUCUUAAGGCACUGGGCUAUCUUCCUUCCCUUUACCUCAUAUUAAGUAUUUUAUCUCAAACUGAUACUUUUUAUCUCAUUGAUAAUACCUGAAUUUAUUUUGUGGAUUUUGACUUCACUUCAUGCUGAUUAUGUACCAAAGUCAUUUUAUACAGUCUUUUUUUUUUUUUUUAAUUUGUUUCUGGAAGAGACAUGUGUUGAAAUUGCACUUCCCAAUGCACAUUUUGUGCAGGAGAGCAUUUCUAAAAUUUAUUUUUUUAACCUUUAAAUUACUUCUCUUUCUAUUUGUCUUUGAUUCAAGAGAAAAAUAUGAAAGGUACCAUUCUUGCGCAAACUGCUGAUUCGACUAUAACGGGAUAUUUUAAAUAGUUGAAUCACUUUUGGUAUUUUGGUAUAAAUAUUUUCAUUUGUUGUAUAUCAAUAUAUUAUUGGAAAAUUCUUGAUUUGAUCUUCCUGAAGGAAAUAUAUUUUCUAUACGAGGAAGCAUUUUUAAAAAUAAUUGUAAAGUUAAAUUAAAAAAUUGUAAAAUACUAAAAUCACAAAGGACUGUACAUUAUGAAUGCGUUGACACUUUAUGAGAUGAAAGAAUUCAUGUCACUGUUACAAGGUAUAAUUGAAUACAAAAAAGACCAAAACCUCAAUAAAAUUUGAGGCAAGCAUAAGUGUUAUUAUGUUAUUGAAAUAAAAACAUUUUAUAACUUUACAA